AUGUCUCAUGAGUCUCAUGAUGGCUAUCCACAGGAUGGACCCAUGGAAGAAUUGGCAGAACUUCAGAUCAAGGAAGAAGCCCGAUUGGAGAAGCUCUUUCAGGAGCAAAGACAACAGCAAGGAUUGGAUGAUGACAGCACGCUGAAUACCUUCUUUCAGCUCUUUGACAUGUGGAUCCAGCUCUACCGCUUGAACAAAUGCAUGGAGGUCCUGGAGGAGGUGGUCCCAAUCUGCCGGAGAAGAGGAGGCCUGAGCCUUGAACAAGAAAGAGCACAAGCACGGAUCAGGAUGUACGAUCCAUCACGACGAUCAUCACAAUGCUAA